AUGGAUGACUACGAAACUGUCCAAACUGGUGGUCUCAAAUUAAAAGGCGUUUCGAGCCACGGUGGCAAAAAGUAGGUUAAUAAAUAUAUUUCAGAAUCUACUGACCUUUAUUUUACAUUUCGGGUAGUAAAAACUAACUUUCUUCUUGUUGGCUGACUAAGACUAAGAUUCACAAAGUGGGUGACUUGGACGACCUAAAAAUAUAUGAUUUUGAUGAUGUUUAUUGUCAUUGUCUGAUCACUGAUAUUGAUAUUAUUGUCUCACCUGCUCUUACCCUUGAAAUACAUUUUAGCGUUUCUGAAUGGGCUCUUUCAGCCAUUUUCUUACAUUUUACCCACUUAUAUCCAGGUUAAGGCUAAGAGUAAGAGACUAAGGCAGAUACUUUGGUAAAAAAUUUAAACAUUUUGUAAAAAUAAACCAUGGCAUAGUAAAGUUGAAUAGAGCUAAUUUUUUUACAGAAUUAUAACACCAAAAUCAUAUUUUUAGCUAUUGUAGUUUUAAAGUUAUGAAUUUUUAAAGUACGACGUGGUUUGUCCUUUUUUUACAUGGACUGCAUCUCCACAUUCUGUGACCUUAUUCCGAUGAUCACGUCAUGCGCAAUGACUAUAUAGUUUAUAUAAGUAUAAGGCAACGAAUCCCUUAUCACUUAAGUACUGUUUAAGGUCAACUUAUUUUAAACUUUCAAUUUUGACACAUGAAUAAUUAAUUAAAGCUUUCCCUGACCAAUGGUUUAAUAGUUUUUGCACUCGGCAAACUCUUAUGAAUGAAACUCAGAGAUAGUACUACGAUAUAGCUGUUAUGCAAGUGGCUGUGAAUAGUUGCCAAUGACAACAUGUUGCACACGGAAAAUUCUGAUCAUUUAUGAUAUGGACUCUACAGGGUUUUUAAAGCUCAAAUUAAAACGUUCCAGUUUAAAUGUCUUCAAAAUGCAUUCUGAAACAAGUUAUCAAAUAUUUUGAUGCAUAUACCGGUAGUGGUAAUAAUUAAAUAAUUCCUAAGUAUCUGCAACUUCCGCCAUUAAAAAGGGGGCACGGCCAACGCCAUGUCGAAAUUAGGCUGAGCCACCUUAUGGUGAUAUGGGUCACUGGGACAAGCGUAACAAAUGUGGGACACGACCUACAUCAAUGAGAAUUGGCACAGAUAUUUAUCAAUAUCUAAUGCUUAUACAGAUUUAAUCAAAAAGGGCCUUAUCUUAUGAUUUCACAAAAAAUUUUGUAUGCGAAGAUGCCUUAUAUAUACCAAAGAUUGUCAAAAUAAAGGUCGAUUGAAAAAAGCAAAAUAGCUGGAUGGAAAUGUGGGCCAAGAUGUCUUCCAAAUUAUAAGGCCGGAAACGGAACUCAAAUAUAUGUCGAUAGAACUCAUUUAAUAAUAAAUAGACACACACAUCUGAAAAUUAAUAACUGGGAUUUUUCGGCACUGACACCCAUUUCCGAUACACAAAAAGUAGUAGUCUCCCUUGUUUCAUCUAUAAGGGGGUAAAUUUUGAGUUAACGGUAUGGGUUUUGCCAAGAGUUUUCUUCUUCUUCUUCUUUAUUUUAAGGGCCCACGAUCAAUGAAUUGAUCAUUCUGGCUCCUAUGUUUCAGAGAGGUUUGCGAUGUUACUGUCUAUGGGUUUCAAUGGGAUACUUCACUGGUUGCAAGGGCGACUCAGCAGUGGUGUUAUGAACUGGGGGUUGGAAUACAGGAGGCAAUAGACACAAAUGUAUCGAGUGUAGCCGCCUCAACUGUUGCUUUUGGAAGCUUGUUCCAGUCCCCUAUUGUCUUCGGCAGGAAUGAGGAGCUUCUGUACUUCGUUCUUGUUUUUACCAGCCGGAACUGUUUGUCGUGACUUCGUCGCAGUCUGGGGGGAAGAUUAACGAGUUUCUGUUUGAUUCCGGAGCAGUGCACCAGUCCAUUUGUUAUCUUGUACAACAUGGUGAGCCUGGAUAGUCGUCGUCGUUCUUCCAAUGUCGACCAGCCCAGUGUUUCCAGCAUGCUGCCAACACUCGAGGUGCUUCUGUAGCGGUUCAUGACAAAGCGUGCUGCCCGUCGCUGGACCGCCUCCAACCUGUCUAUGCUUUUCUGGGUAAAUGGGUCCCAGACUGUAGAAGCAUACUCUAAAAUAGGUCGGACAAAGGCUUUAUAGGCUUUUUCUUUCACGCUUGAGUUGCCGAUCUUCAGAUUGCGCCUUAGGAACCCCAGGGUCUUGUUUGCCCGGUUGCACACACUGUUAAUGUGCUCGUCCCUAAGCGCAGUGACGUCACAUUGGGGAAUCCCAACACUGGACUUGGGGUGAACAUAUCUAUUCUUUGAAGGACCCGAACGAUUUGUGUUAUAACAUUCCUGUUCUUUAUUGAGCAUUACUUGCAUCAUAAACAUAUGAAGCAUAUUGAAAUGAAAUUUUCCAUUAAUUCUCAAAAGACUAGAUUUUUCCAGUUUUCAAUGACCUUGAAUACAUCUUAUUCUUCAAUGUAUCUCAUGGCUAUACCCUCCCCAGUACCCCUCCCAAAUUUAACAAAAAAUAUAAAAUAAGAAAACAAUAACUUGCAUUAUGUAAAUACAAACAUCAAAAUCUUUUUAGUUAGUAUGGCACUGUAAACGGAAAUGGACCAGGGGGAACCUCCGUGACCUAUAUACCGUGGAACACAUCGUCGGCCUUACCGCUAACUCAAAACCAGCCGGCUAAGGUAUAAACAUCUCUGCACUUAUGACUUAAGCCUAUGCUAUACAACUAUACAAGCCUAUUCUACAUGAUUACACACAAUGAGUUUGAGAUUUUUCGUUGAAAACAAACAUCCAAAAUCCCUAAAGUAAUAGACACUAUUGUCUGACUGGCUGAACUAUUACUCACUCUUAACGCCUUUGAAUUCAAUAUAUAAUCAAUGGUCAUUUCUUUGACCCAAUUAGUGGCGUGGCCAUGGGUACAAAAACGGGCCCUAGUUUUAGCUAUGCCUGCCUUUUUAUGGAUAAUUUUGAAUACAUGUUAGAGAAGACAUUUAAAGAAUUUUAUAAGAGAUACAUUGAUGACGGCAUUGGCAUCACUACAAUGGAAACAAAUGAACGCCAAGAAUUUAAUGAUUUCCAAACAUCCAUAAAAUUUACUUCACAAAUCUCUGGACAUUCUGUCAACUUUUCGGAUAUUGCCCUAAUCUUAAAAGAAAAAGAUUAUUCACAUCUGCCUACUACAAUCAUCUUCCCACCCCGAAUCAUGCAAAAACUUCAUACCUUUCUCCCAACUUCUCAGACGAUGUCGCCUAUGCCAGUACUAUGAAGACUCUUUAGAUAUGGCUAAUGAAAUGAUGGACUUCUUCUGCUCCAGAUCUUAUCCUGAAACUAUUCUUGUCUUGGCACUCAAUCAUAUCAGCACUAUCACACAGAAUGAUGCUUUCGAGCCUCGUCCAAAAUUUAAGAUGAACCAAACUCAUUCUAACCUACCACCCUCACAAUGUGAUUGCCAAAAAAGUAUUCCUAAAGAACUGACACAUAUUUUUUGCUGACCCCAGCACCAACAGGGCACAUUUUUCUCAUCCCCUCUGCUUAUUAUCUUCAGACGGGACAAAAGUUUAGGUGGCCUUCUGGUUCAGUCGCCUUCAAGCUGACUUGUCUAACCAGGGGACUAAGCCUCGCUCAGAAUUUGCUCAGAAGCCGUUUAACCAUAUCCACCUCAACAUAUUGUAUACCCUGUCCCUAGCGAUUGGGUGUAGCACACCCAUAAACUUAUUAUAAUGGGAAAAAAGUGUUUCUGGCUAUUCUUGGCAACUGGGUGGUUACACCCAUAGUCUUAUUUCACAGUAAAUGGUUCUCUUCAGAGGCAUAGCUAAGUGGGGAGCAGAGGGGACACAUGUCCCUGGGCACCAGACCUGUUAGGGAUGCCAAUAUGGGCUUUGAUAUUAUUCUAUUGAUGAAAAUAAUGGGUUUGAGAGUUGAAAAAAGAAAAUGAGGCUCUUUAAAAUGAAUCUUGUCCCCGGGCGCCAAACACUCUAGCUACGCCUCUGGUUCUGUUUAUUUUAUUUUCUUUUUUUACUAUGUGGCAUGAUUUAUUUGCCUUGAAACCAAACUCCCUUCACGGAUCACAUAGUUUCUCCCACCGAAGCAUUUCUUUUGUACAUUAAUGGAAAAAUGAUACAAACAAUAGUUGACUGCACCAACAGGGGAGGUGAGAAAGUAAGAGGAGACAAAUGGCAAUGGAAUGGUGCGCUCUAAAUGAAAGCUUUUAUUGGUUACCUACUACUACUACUACUACACACUGGCAAUCUUCAUCUCAAUGGCAUUUCAGUGGACUUUUUAUUCAGCUAUGUUGAUUGAAAUAGUAUUUUUAGGCUGGGCACAUUUUCAUUGACGAGAUUUAGCAAAAUUCUGAUUCAUACUUCUUUUGACAACAAUGUGAUACUAACUAGAUCAAUCCUUUCUAGCUGGUGCCUCUUUGAUCCAAUAAUAAGAGAAGUAUGAGAAGCAUUCCUGAGUAUUUGGCGAGGUAUUAUGUUCCUGGAGAGAACAUCACAGUAGGUGAGCAACUGGUUGGUUUCAGAGGUCGGUGCAGAUUUAUUCAAAAUAUGCCAAGCAAGCUCGACAAAUAUGGAAUACAAAUCUCCUGGGCCUGUGACUGUGAAUCGACUUCGAACUAUCCUCUGAGAGGAUGCCCAUAUCUCGGCAAAGAAAAUGCAAGUGCCCUGCCAGCAAAGAGAAAUGUUGGGAUAUCCUCAGAGACUGUGAUUUCUCUCACAAGGGACUUGUCUGCAAUUUCAGAACAGACUAUUAUUUCAUUCCCCUACAACUUGCAGAACGAAUGGCCAAGAACAGACUCACACUAGUUGGAACAGUGAAAUGGAACAAGAUGUUCCUACCCAAGGGGUUCAAGCAAAAGUAGUCUCCCUAAGAAGAUUAUCUGAUGGGUUCACUGAACAUCUUCGUGAUAUCAAACAGGCUAAACUUUCCUUGGUCUCAUCCUAUUUCAAUUGAGAUAAAGGCACAUCAGAUGUUUUCAUCACAGCACUGAUUUCCUGUACUAACACACCAGCGAGAGUUAGAAAGGAAAAUACAUUUAUUCAGAUUUCCAGCACAAUUUCACCAUAUGGAAUCAAUCAAAUACUCUCCUAAUAGUGAUAAUAAUAAUUUCCCUUCAUAUAUUUUCUUUUUCCUUAUAUUUUACACAUUUCCAAAAAAAAAUUUUCCUUAAAAUAUUAUUUUUCACAGUAAUGAUUCAUAAAUUCUUUUACUUCCUGUAAUCUUUUGGAAAGAACACAUAUUUUUAUUUUGUAAAACCCAACUUCCAGCAAUAACACAUUCAUGGCGAACACCAAGCACUUACGUUUUUGAACUGUUUUCUAUUUCUUAUUGUUUCUUCUUUUGUCCUGUCUGCUGAAGAAGGCAUUUAGCAGAAACUUUCACUUUUUAUUGUCCCAUCUUUAUAUUUCAACCUGCCACAUACCUUGUUCACUAUUUCCUACUGUAAGUCAAAGUCUUUAACUUUAUUUUAAACACAUUAUCACUAUUAAUUAAAAAUGUCUUCUAAAAUUUGUAUUAAAUCUAUGAAUCUAUCAAGCCUAUGGCAUGGUUAGCAAUGAUCAAACUCGUACAUGACACUCAGUAUCGGUUAAGUCAGGAUCAUUUUAGUGAAUUUAAUUAUACCUCCAAACAGCCACUAUUGUUUUUGCAUAUUUGGUAAAAGUGUAGUUAGUGACAGGGAUUUUGCCAAAGGUUGUCUCACCCUAAGUGCAGUGAUGUCACUUUGGGGAAUCCCAACACCGGACUUAGGCUUCUUCGGGUUACUAGAUCAGCAGUUGAUCCUCAAGAUGUGUAUGAUAACUUUUUCAUUCUUUACUGAGCAUUGUUGGCAUCAUAAACUAAAUCUAAUGAUCAAUACAGGGAUAAAGUGAUAAAGUUAAUAUGAAAUUUAUUGAAAUGAAACUACUUUCCAAUCAUUUUUAUUAAAAUUCAGCUUGCAAACAAGGUUCAAAAUAAAUUUUUAAAAAGAAACUCAUCUUUGCUGAGACCACAAGAUGAACACUGGAAAAAAAGACGCACACAUUGUUAAAAGGGUUGUCUUUUGAUUGGGUGAAAAAAGAAGUACCUGUAUGUUAUUUAUUUCUAUAAUGACUCCAUUUCACAGGACAUUUCCCCAAACCCCUUUUUUUCAAAAACCAAAGUGCCACCUUUACACCCUUCAUAAGACCCUGCCAGAGGGGAAGGUGGUAUGAAAAUGUUUUAUUUUUUUAUUUUAUAAGGUGCGGUAUUAAUGGAUAGAUUGUGUCUAUGCGACCAUUAUGUAUUUUGUAACAAAGGUGUUUCAUUUUAUUUCUUUUUUGAUGAUUUCUGAUGAUAGAGGGGGAGGGAAGGUCAAAUAAAUUAUCCAAAAUAGUGUGACAUCAUUUAUGGAUGAUUCCUAAGAAAGGAAGUUCAAUAUUAUACAAAUAUUUAUAUAGAUGCAAAUAAUUAAUUUAAAACACUAGAUUUUAAUAUUGAAAAAAAAAAUAUAUAUCUAUAUAUUUGGUAAUCUGGAUUUUAGGCCUAGCAUUAUUAUGAUUAUUAACCUGGCCUAGUCCUAAAUAAAAUAAUUAUUAUUUUGAUAAACUUAUUUAAAGCCAAGACACUACAAAUAUAAUUAUUUGGCCUCUACAGUGCCUACAUAAUUACUGAUUUGGCCUAGUUGAUAAAAUCAUAUAAAAUUGGCAGUGGUAAAAAUCAGCCAAAAUAGCAUGACAUUUAUUAUGGAUGACCCUUUAUGGCAUGUCACCAUAUAAUAAGACCUUAAACAAUACAUUUUCUUAAGUUAAAUUCCAGAAUCUAAAGUGGCUUAACUCCGAGUUCUGUAUUUUAUAACUAUUUCAAAGUAUCCAAAACCCUGAAAAACAAAACUGAAAACUAUUAAGACCUACCUGCCCUAAAAUUAGUAAUGUAAAAUAAAGGCAUUAUCAACAAAUGAACCUUUAUUUUUUCCUUGUUUCUUUCAUUUGUGAAUUUUAUUUAAUCCCAUUAAUGUACAAAAGCUUAAAACAUUUAUACGUGAUGGUAAGGAAUUAUGGGUUAUUAGAUCGCUUGUAAAUAAUUAAAAACAUAGAUAGCAAAAAUUAUUUAUGGUGUUUAAAAAAAAAAAAUCUCACAGCCUACUGAUAUAUUGUUGAUUGUUUUGCUCAUUUAGAAAGAAGAAGAAGGACAAAGAUAAGAAAAAAAUGGAGGAAAUGGUUAAAACAAUCAAAGACCAAGAGGAGCAAAUAACUAGGCCUACAAAAACAAAAGCAGAAAUUGCUUUUGAAAGAGCAAAGAAGAAGAAGGUAAUUUGUUAUUGUUCUCCUUAUUACUAUGAAUACCGGUAUUACUACUUAUUGAAAGACUUAAAGCAGAUUGCCAGAGACUGGAAGCAUGGAAAGAAAUUAAGGGGAGUUGACUUGAAAAGGCAAAGAAGAAAAAGACUAGGGUACUAAAAGAAGAAAAAUAAAGUAUUUUAAUGCACCUUUCAAGGGUUAUUUUUAAAAUGUAAUGUUAAUUCUUGAACAUUUUUUUUCAUUAUAAAAAGAAGUGUUCAAAAUAAGGGAUAAUCACCUUUGGCUGUACAGUAAAAUAGAAGAGUUGAGAUGCAUAUGAUAUAUAAUACUAAUACAUGAUUUAAAUUAGUGUAGACACUUAUUAUUUUACUUUACUGGUACAAAUAAAAUCUUAACAUUUGCGCCACUAAAAAUGUAUUAUUGUAAUUAUUUUAACAGAAUGAACAACAAAUACUUGAGAGAGCAGCAAAAAGUCACAAGGAACGGAUCAUGGUGAGUCAGAGCAUUUUAAAAUAGCUAGGUGGUUAAGUUGAAAAAAAAAGAAUAUUUUGAAAGUUUGGGUCAGUAUUCUGAUCAUUUCCCCCAUACUUAUAGCAUAAGAAUUUUAACAUUGUUAAAUAUUUAAAUUUAAACGCAUCAUAUUUUUGUUUAUUAGUUAAAAAAUUGUUGCCAUAACCAAUUACAGUAAAAAAAAAAAAUAAGCCAAAUAGACAAGGAGUGGGAAACCUACUGUCCACAGAAACAUUUAAUCUGCUACUAAUUAACCAUUGUUAAAAUGCAAAAUACUGGAUAGACUUGAGUGUCAUAAAUUUAUGACAAAACUGUAAUGUUUACUUCACAUCUUAAACAGGAGUUCAACCAGCAGCUGGAUAAUUUGACAGAACAUUUUGAUAUUCCAAAAGUCAGCUGGACCAAAUAAACAUGCUUUUUAUGAAUCUGAAGUCUUUGCAACAUGCCAAGGGUUAACUAAGGUCAUCAUUUUUUAUUUUGUAAAUAUAAACUCUGAUCAUGUUUUUCAUUAAUGUAAAUAUUAGUCCAAGGUUUCAUCAGUGUAAAUUGUUAAGAAAAAUAUGAAGAAAUUUAAAAUGUUAAAGCUUUAACUAUGAGUUAUUUGAAUUUUUUUGAAAUACGCAAUUUGGUUGGUGGAAACAAUAAAAUGGUAAUAAAACAAC